AUUGUGGGAGUAGUUUUACUUCCGGAAGACAGCGUGUGGAACGAAGUGUUAACAGGAUUGAGGAAUUGUAUUUAUUUGUUCAAUCAGAAACCCCGCUUCUGAACUAUUUUCCUUGUUUUCGAUAUGGUGAAAUUAUCGGCAGAGCUAAUUGAGCAGGCUGCUCAGUACACAAACCCAGUGCGCGAUAGAGAGCUGGAUCUGCGAGGUUACAAAAUCCCUGUACUUGAAAACCUCGGGGCUACCCUUGACCAGUUUGAUACAAUCGAUUUUUCUGACAAUGAGAUCAGAAAACUGGACGGCUUCCCUCUACUCAAGAGACUCAAAACGUUGCUCAUGAACAACAACAGAAUAUGCCGUGUGGGUGAGAAUCUUGAACAGGCACUGCCGAGUUUGAGGGAGUUGAUCCUUACAAGCAACAACAUUCAGGAAUUGGGUGACUUGGAUCCACUUGCUUCAGUGAAGUCCUUGACCCUUCUCAGCCUCCUCAGGAAUCCAGUGACCAACAAGAAGCACUACAGGCUCUAUGUAAUAAACAAAAUCCCCCAGAUUCAUGUGCUUGACUUCCAGAAGGUGAAGUUAAAGGAGCGUCAGGAGGCGGAGAAAAUGUUCAAGGGCAAACGCGGUGCUCAGCUUGCAAAGGAUAUUGCCAAGCGAACCAAAACGUUCACCCCCGGAGCCGCCGUGCAGCAGCCUGAGAAGAAAAAGGCGGGGCCGUCUCCCGCUGACAUGGAAGCGAUAAAGAACGCAAUAGCUAAUGCCUCGUCCCUGGCUGAGGUGGAGAGGUUGAAGGGGAUGCUUCAGGCUGGUCAGAUCCCUGGGAGGGACGUACGACAAGGACCGCCUGAAAUGGUGGAGGUGGAAGAAGAGGAAGAAGCCGGGGAGAAUGGCGUUGUGCACGUGGAGCCACAGAUGGCCAUGGAGGAAGGAGCAAUGGAGAUGGAACAGGAAGGAGUGGAGGGUGUGACUGGACAUUUGGGGGGGGUCAGAGAGGUUGAGGAGGUCCAACAGGUUGAGGAUGUCCAACAGGUUGACGAGGAGGGGGGAGUGAAAGAAGCUCAGGAUGAAGAUUCUGAGGAAGAUAUGGAUGAAGACUCAACUGUUAACGGAUCAUGAUCGAUUUAUGCCUAUCUUGUCUCAAGUCUUGCUUGUUUUGUAGUUAUUUUUUGUGUUGGACAUGCAUGUAAUGCCAUUUGUUAUUUGGGUAAAUGGGAAUACAUUAAACUUUUUUAAACAAUUC